GGUCCUCAGAAAAAUAGAGAGAGCUGAGUGUUGGUCGGAGUUGGAUCCAUAGUUACAGAGAUGAAAGUCCUCGGAAUCGAUUUCAGCUGUGCUUUGGGGGCUCUCAGCAACGGUCAGUUUCCCGAGAAGGAUUGCUUGCUUCCCCUUAUUUCCACUCUCCUCGGCUACGCCAUCGUCGCCGCCUCCACCACCGUCAAACUCCCUCAGAUAUUAAAGAUUCUGGAAAAUGGAAGUAUCAGAGGUCUUAGUAUCUUGUCUUUUGAGCUUGAACUAGUUGGUUACACGAUUGCUUUGGCGUAUUGUCUUCAUGGAGGGCUUCCCUUCUCCGCCUAUGGGGAAUUGGCCUUUCUUUUGAUCCAAGCUCUAAUAUUGGUUGCUAUUAUGUACUAUUACUCCCAACCUGUGAGCACCAAAAGAUGGAUGACGGCAUUAAUGUAUUGUGGUCUAGCACCAACUAUUUUAGCAGGUCGAAUCGAUCCUGUUCUUUUUGAAGCUCUCUAUGCAUCACAACAUGCAAUUUUUCUCUUUGCCAAAAUCCCACAGAUAUGGCAGAACUUUUCUAACAAAAGUACAGGGGAGCUCAGCUUCUUAACGAACUUCAUGAACUUUGGCGGUUCCAUGGUGAGAGUUUUCACCAGCAUACAAGAACAAGCUCCAAAAAGUGUUUUGUUGGGCUCUGUACUUGGUGUUGCAACAAAUUCCAUCCUCCUGAGUCAGAUACUUAUAUACCAAAAGCCAAAAUCUCGUGCUGAGAAGGAGAAGAAAAAAGAGUAGAAGAAUGAUGCACACAGAUAUAUAUAGCUUUGCUUCAGUAGGAUACAACAGUUGCAGCAAGCGAGCUAGUGUUUUACAGGUGGUCACCACCAGUUCCUAGAAAGGAGACAACAUUAUUCAUCUAUGUGAUAGUCUAUUCAUAUGAACCUUGGGUUUAAUUUCUUCUCGCCAAACAGUGAAUGUUGGUGGGAAAUUAUGGCGGAUUUCCCUUUACCUCUUUUCCUUUUUCAAAGUUGCAUGUAGUUUCCUUCUUUAUGAUUCUCGCUUUAAAUUUGCAUGUCACACUGCUUUAGAAUAUUGGAUGGUGUCUAAGCGUUUUAUCAUGUUCAUAAUAUUAUAGCAUUUACUGCGCAAUGCAGAUUGCACAUUUGCACCGUUUCAACAAAAAUUCUGUGGAGCUUGCACAGUUUGUUCCCAAAGUAGGAAUGAAGAUGCGGCUUUAUGGGUUCUCUUUAGAAUCAUGCAUCCUCUUUUUGCAUCUACAUACUGGCAACCCCAUGCUUUUGACUAUUUGAAUUCAAGUACCAUAAUACCAU